UCUUGCUCACACCGGCCAUGACGUUGGGGGGAGAUUUCUUGCCCCGGGUAGAGAGUACCUGUGUACAGCAUAUGUUUGGUCAUAUGCCCAAUCGUUCUCUGCGUUGCCUGCUGGGGACCAUCAUUGACCGAUUUCGGCGAGUAGAGCGUGGAUCCUAACGAUUACAUCCUCGGAUUACUGGUUUUCUUUUCGCCGUCAUAUAUACCUGCGAGACCGAGUAUAUUCGCAGCCUCAUUUCCCUCUUUCAACUACGCAUAUCCCAUCAAACAAUCCAACUACUCACCCACCACUACAAUGGCCGCCGCCGCAGUACUCCCUCCCCAAACCCUCGAGACCACUCUCAACUACCAUCUCGAGGUCGAGCGAGGCGGAGCAGAGGUUUGGAUGCCUGGCACCGUCCGGGACAAACGCCGCCCGCACGAGCACAUCGCCGCCAACGUCACCAACUUUCGAGGACGCGAGGCCGAAUUUUCUGUCGACAAGCAGGGCUUCCAGGUCGAUCCGUUUGAGUCGUCCGUCAACGACGUUGCCGACGAUUCGGAGUUCAAGGGCCAGUAUUACCAGGAUGUGUGCGCGCAUUUGAAGAAGAUUACCGGUGCAUCGAAGGUGCUUCCCGUCGUGCACAUCGCCCGUCGACUCCGCUGGGACGAGGUGUUUGAGGCGGAGAAGGACUUGCCGGAUAGUGCCCCUGUGACCGCGCCCACCAGCAAUCGCUCCGUGCAUGUUGACCAAAGCUACUUCGGCGCGGAACUCGUACGCGACAGCAAACUGGAAGAAGUAUCGCCCGAGGAGGCGGAGAGGCUCAAGAAAUGCCGCUGGGCAAUCAUCAACCUCUGGCGGCCCUUCAGCGUCGUCACACGCGACAAUCUUGCCCUUUGCGAUGCUACCACCGUCGAUGAAAACGACUUGACCGCCGUCUACGCCGAUCUGCCCGAAUCGCUGAGGAAGGCGAAGAGCGGUUACAACUUUGCGGCCAAGUCGCGAUCUGAGGCGUGGGAAGUCAAGACCAACCCCAACCACAGGUGGUACUAUGCGUCGGGUGUUCGACCGGACGAGGCUCUUUUGAUCAAGCAAUUCGACUCGAAGAAGAACGGAGUUGCACGACGCACGCCGCACUGCGCCUUCUCGGCCAAGGAAGACUAUGGCCCGACACGGCAGAGCAUUGAAGUGAGGUGUCUGUUGUUCUGGGAGGAUCAGCCGCAGGAUUAGAGAAUCGAUAACUGUACUACUAAAAUGAAUUAGCUUGUGUUCUAUCAGAUCAAAUC